GCUGGUCCUGGAACCAUCGAGCCGCCACGGAGGAAAUGAAAUGCGUACCCGAUACAUGUCAUUGACAGGGGGGUGUGAGGUCUGACGAAAGGUUCGAGAACUCCAAAUAGAAUCAUGUGUUUAAGUUGAAACCAAGAUGCUCCGUGCGCUCUCCAGAAGAACCACCUCUCUGCAGGUGGUGCGACGGGCCAGUCCGCCGUAUAGUUCCUGGCUCUCCGCUACGAGUCGCUCCUGUGCUGGGGGUCAUGUUGAACCCAGAGCCCAGGAGUCCUGCUGGACUGCUGAGCCACGCUCCAAGCAGACAGUUUGUGGCCUGGUGCGACGCCACCCUGUGGCCGUUGGCGGUUUCACCGGCGAUUGGCCGCUCCAGCGGACCCAGUCUUUCCACGGCUCUGCGGUGAGGCUAAAGAAACGUCAGCAGCCAGAUCCGCCUCCUCCCAGGGAGCUGGACCUUCUGCGCUACGACAUGAAGCACUUGUGGAAAGGCCCCAAGCCAGCGCUCUACCUGGGGAUGGCCGGGCUCAUCCCCUUCGUGGCCCCUCCUCUGCUCAUGGCCGUGACCGAGACUUACCUCCCGGAGUUGGCCUACAUCCAGGUCGCCUACGGAGCCUCCAUCAUCUCCUUCCUGGGUGGAUCUCGCUGGGGAUUUACCCUUCCUGAGAGCAGCCCUGCCAAGCCUGACUGGAUCAACCUGGCCAAUAGCGUGGUCCCCUCCCUGCUGGCCUGUGCGGCCAUGCUGCUCAGUGACAGUAUUACCCCGGCAGCCACCCUGGUCAUCAUGGGGCUCGGAGUCUCCCUGCACUACGACCUCUCUCUCCUGCCCACCUACCCCAGCUGGCUGAAGGCCCUUCGCGCCGUGUUGACCACAGUCGCUUUCCUAUCACUGGUGGGCACACUCGUAAUGGAUGGGCUCUUUCCAGUUAAAAUUAUUUUUUCAAGUUAAUAAAAUAAAUGUAUAAAUUCAAGGAUAUGUUGUUUACUAUGAAGGUAAAGAAAUCGAUGAUAAACUGUUCAGAUGUCUGUAUUUUUGCUUCAUUCUGAAAUGUGUGAAGAGAGACUAAGUCAAGACAGAUUUUGGUGACUCAUUACAUUGUGCUUGUUUGAAUGUUGUUGAAUGUUGUCAGAAACAGUAGAUGUUCCAAACAAACAACACCACAUGUUUAUUAAAAUACAUAUUUAAUGGAGAUACAAGCAUCUAAUUCAAAUUGGAAGGAAAGGCAUUUCAAUUGGGGGGGGGGGUGUAGAAGAGGUUUGCAUUUCUGAGAAAACAAAGGAAUAAGGCACACAUCCCCAAAAGUUUACCUUGUUCAAAGUGUGCAAAAGCAGUCUCAACUUUCAACUAGAAAGGAUACAUUUUCAAGAACCAGUGGCACUCGGGUGAUCAAACUCAGAUGAUGGGCCGAUAUGUCUCAAGGUAACAACAUGUAAGCCUAAUACAGAAUUACACAAAAACUAAUGGCAUGAAUAGUUCGGUAUAGACCACCAAAAAUAGGCCUGAAUAAGGAUACUUUUCCUUAGUGCAACUGUUUAUUGAUGUUCUAUGUAAAUAACAUCUGAAACGACUUGCAUAUUUGCAUAAAACUUGCAUAUCGCCUGGGAUGUCGCUGGCAUCCAGUGAAAAAAUUGAUAAUUUACCAGGACUAAAAUCUGUCUUCAACACCCUUAUAAACCAGCACAAAUAAGGUGGAAUUUCAGCUUGUUCAGUCGCAGGAGAUGCUGCCAUUAUGCAGCACUGACUCCAGGCUCAGUUGCUUCCAGGUUUCACUUCCCUCAAUGCAAUACAAGGGUAAAGGCUAUUGAGUUGUAUGCAUGUUUGGGACACGGGGAGUGUUCUACUACUUCUGGAUCCCCAGACCAGACCUCAUGUACUCGUACACCACGUAGCUGAUGCUGACGGCCGGGAUGACCUUCAUGAAGUUGGGCAGGAUCCCGCGGUAGAGUCCGAAGAAGCCCUCCUUCUCCACGAUCUUCUUCACCAUCCGAUUCAUUGACAUCUGCUCAGCACCCUCAAUAGACGCUGAUGAAACAGGAAGAUCAGAGAGAGAUGAUAUCCCACUGCUAUGAACAUCAUUUAAUUACAUUGAAACACCACGUCAUAAUGAAUCAUUUGGUGACACUAAAAGAAAAUUGGACCGGUCUAUUGGUCAACAGCAAUAAAGG